CGGCCACAUCGCAUUUGGUCGUAUAAUAAUGUCAAUAGCCAGUUGCUCGUUCAAGGUCGACGUACAGAUAAGUAAUUUGGUGUCUGAUGGCUAGCAGUCCUAUCACUGUUCGUUUUCAAGUUAGUCGUAUUCGAUUGGAACAGAAUGGCCAUAGAUCUUUAUUACACGCCAGCUUCUGCGCCAUGCAGACUAGUUCUGCUGGUAGCCGCGGCUCUCAACAUCGAGCUUAAUCACAACCUGAUCGAUCUCAGAGCUGGCGAGCAACUCACUCCGGACUUCCUAAAGAUCAAUCCACAACACACUGUCCCGACGAUAGUCGACGAAGGCUUCGCCCUGUGGGAAUCCCGCGCCAUUAGCCGAUACUUCUUCAACAAGUACGGGGAAGGUAGUACUCUCUAUCCUGAAGAUCCCCAGGCGAGAGCACUCGUCGACCAAACACUGGACUUUGAUUUGGGGACAUUAUAUCCGCGUUUCGCCCAAUAUUUCUAUCCUCAAAUAUUUGGGGGUGCUCCAGCGGAUGAAGGUCUUCUUAAAAAACUCGGAGAAGGACUCGGCUUCCUGAAUACGUUCCUGGAGAGUAGAGAUGGGGAGUACGCCACUGGCCCUCAGAUGACAUUAGCGGAUUUGUCUCUGGUCGCGACCGUAUCCACCAUCGACGUCGCUGGUAUCAGUUUGAAACCUUAUCCGAGUGUUGCCAAGUGGUUCGAACUAGUGAAGGAUACUGCACCUGGUUACCAGACAGCGAACGGAGAAGGCAUUCGCUUGUUUAAAGAACUAAUUGAUAACCAUAAAGCUAAGACUGAAUUGUAACUGUGUUUUUAAUUAAAUCUUAAUUUUCUUAAUAUAAACUUUAUUCAUUUCUACCUUAAUAUAUAUCUAAAUCUAUACUUUUAUAAAAUUAUCUUUCAGUAAGUUUUUGAAGACAAAUUAUUUAGGUAAUAAGUUUAAAUAUUAAGGAAAUUGGCUUUAGAGAGUGGCCAUGUGGCAAGAAAAAAUAGAAAGGGAAAUAAUAAAACGUUAAAUAUUUUCAAACAUAAUUUAUUUGUGCCUUAUAUCCUAAAUAAACUUUACAACAGUACAAACGAUUAAAAAGUCUUACAUUCCGAAAACGUGACAAUCAAAAUGGAAUGAACUUUGAAUGUUUUGUGGCAGUUCCUAUCUAUGAAGGAAUUGAAGUUUAAAUAAUCAGUGAUACAUAUGGUGAAGGUUUCCAAGUGUUAUGUUACUUCUUCAUCAUGUUUUUCACUAAUUCCUUGAAGGCCUGGAGUCCCUUGCCGUUGGCCUCUUCGUAGCUGGGCGCUGUUCUUUGCACUGUCUCAUACCAUCUGUUAGAAACAAGAA